UCCUGAUGUCCAUAAUCAUAUCGGCAAGCAGUUGGAGAGCAAAUUUCUUCCUACUGGGCAAUCAGCUUGCUUCUCAGUUUUUCAGCCGUGGGCCAAAUGUGCUGCAUCAAGAGAGCAGUGCACCGCAAGCUGCCUUCUUUUUACCUCUUCAGAAAGUGAUGUUGCCACCAAAUACCUUUCAAGGGAAGGUGGCCUUUAUAACUGGUGGAGGUACUGGGAUUGGCAAAGGGAUGACAACAACCUUGUCCAGUUUAGGUGCCAAGUGUGUUAUAGCAAGCCGGAAGCUUGAUGUUUUGAAAGGAGCAGCAGAAGAAAUUUCUUCUAAAACUGGGAAUAAGGUUCAUGCCAUCCAGUGUGAUGUGAGAGAUCCAGUUUCAGUUAAGAAUGCUGUUGCUGAAAUAAUCCAAGUGGCAGGACAUCCUGAUGUUGUGAUAAACAACGCAGCUGGAAACUUUAUUUCCCCUUCUGAACGACUUUCUGCUAAUGCAUGGAAAACGAUAACUGAUAUUGUGCUUAAUGGUACUGCUUUUGUAACUCUGGAAAUCGGAAAGGAGCUUGUUAAAGUACAAAAAGGAGCAGCAUUCCUGGCUAUUACAACAAUUUAUGCAGAGAGUGGUUCAGGAUUUGUGUUGCCGAGCGCCUCUGCCAAAGCUGGUGUAGAAGCAAUGAGCAAGUCUCUUGCGGCUGAAUGGGGUAAAUAUGGGAUGAGAUUCAAUGUGAUUCAACCAGGUCCAAUAAAAACUAAGGGUGCUUUUAGCCGCCUUGACCCAACAGGCUCAUUUGAGAAGAAAAUUAUUGAGAGGAUUCCCUGUGGCCGUCUCGGAACUAUAGAAGAAAUUGCAAAUCUUGCUGCCUAUUUCUGCAGUGACUAUGCAAGCUGGAUUAAUGGAGCAGUUAUUAGAAUGGAUGGUGGAGAAUAUGUUUCUAUGGCAGGAGAAUUCAAUGAUUUGAAGAAGGUUACCAAAGAGCAGUGGGAUAUGAUGGAAGCAAUGAUUAGAAAAACAAAAGGCUCUUAAAGUACAUAACCGUGUGGUGGAGAUUUUUGGAAAUGAACCACUACUUUUUCAUGGAUAUUUAGAAUUAACCAAUUGAGAAAUAGCCUUCAAAAUCUUUUGUAUGCUGAUUUCAAUAAAAUAUUUUGAAAUUGUCAUAUUUUGAAUAUAGCAUGUAUAUUUUUCCCAUCUACAAUCUAAUCUGUUGCCAAUAGUGACUGAAAUUUUAUUGUUCUUUAGAUGAUGUCUUCUAUAGCCAUGCGUGGUCUACAAUAGCUUUUUUUUAAUAUUUCAGAGGAUUUUUUUGUUUCUCAGAUAUAUGUCUCUUAAUAUUGUAAUUCCAGUAGCAUUUUAGCACUAUCAUAACUGAAUAUAAUUGUUAAUCUGAGGAAAAACUAAGAAAUAAGUCCUAAUCUUCACACUUCAGUAGUAAGUCCUAAACUUGCAAAUAACAAAGUUUCAAGUUAUCAGCAGGACUACAUACACUGAGAUAGGAUAUAACUCCUGUGGUUGCUUAUAAAAUCUUGAAAUACGUAACCAUCUUGGUCUCAUCUUGUGCUGACAUUUUCAGUCUGUUAAUUAUCUUACACUGAACUUUAAAAAUGGCAUUUAAGGACUGGCAGUGCCUUUCUAAGGAGCUCGCUCAUUGUCAUGAUUAAGUUAAUGUUCUUGAAAAUGAGAAACUAAAAAUCAUUUGCUAUUAAUGUGUGUGUGACUAUGGGAGUCUCAAUAAAAAAUGUUUUACU